GAUGGCCUAAACAAAUGAAUAUUUUUAUGAGGCACCUCAAUACAGAGAUGGGCCAGGACCAAACCAAGCAACAGAUCGAGAAAGGACUGAGGCUGUACCAGUCCAAUCAGACCGACAAAGCUUUGCAAGUGUGGACAAAGGUGUUGGAGAAAACUUCGGAUCCUGGAGGGAAGUUUCGAGUUUUGGGAUGCUUGAUCACGGCGCACUCGGAAAUGGGAAAAUAUAAAGACAUGCUCAGGUACGCCUUGGAUCAAAUCGACACGGCUCGAGAAAUGGAGGAUCCGGAUUACCUGACUGAGGGCUACCUGAACUUGGCGCGCAGCAACGAGAAGUUGUGCGACUUUCACAAAACGGUCUCGUAUUGUAAGACCUGCUUGAACAUGCAGGGCACCACGGUCAGCCUGCAGCUCAAUGGGCAGGUGUGUCUCAGCAUGGGCAAUGCCUUCCUGGGCCUCAGCCACUUCCAACAAGCUCUGGAGAGCUAUGAGAAGGCCCUGCGCUACGCGCACAACAAUGACGACAAGAUGCUGGAGUGCCGUGUCUGCUGCAGUCUGGGAAAUAUUUACGUCCACCUGAAGGACUACGAGAAAGCUCUGUUCUUCCCCUGCAAAGCAGCCGAGCUGGUCAACGACUACGGCAAAGGUUGGAGCCUCAAGUAUCGAGCCAUGAGUCAGUACCACAUGUCCGUGGCCUAUAGGAAGCUGGAGCGCCUCCCGGACGCCAUGGAAUGCUGUGAGGAAUCAAUGAAAAUUGCUCUGCAGCACGGCGACCGUCCUCUGCAGGCUCUGUGUUUGCUGAACUUUGCAGACAUACACCGCUAUCGGCGUGACUGUGAUAAAGCAUUCCCUCGUUACGAGUCGGCGUUGGGUAUCAUGACUGAGAUUGGGAAUCGACUUGGGCAAGCUCAUGUGCAGCUGGCAGUGGCCAAGUGUUGGCUUCUGCUGAAGGAAUAUAUUAAGGCUCUGGAUUCUCUGGAACGAGCUCAGGCCCUGGCAGAUGGGAUGGGAAACAAGCUGUGCACGCUGAAGGCCCAUUGCCUGAGGGAAGGCAUCUACAGGAGUCAAGGCAGACAGGAGGAGCUGCGUGAACAGGUGGUGAAGUUCCUGCAGUGCGUGGAGGAGCUGGAGCUCUACUGCGGCAUGUGUGGCGAGUCCAUCGGGGACAGGGACCAAAAGCUGCAGGCCUUGCCCUGUUCCCACAUUUUCCACUAUAAGUGUCUGCAGACUAACGGGACUAAAGGCUGUCCCAAGUGUUUCAAAAACUCCAUGAAGCCAGGAUUCGUGUGAUUUCUUUUUUUUUUACCCCGCUACCUUCAACCUACGGAUCUCCAAACACGGUCCGUUGACGCCUCACGUGCUGCCGAGCGCUCUAGACAGAAGCGGGCAGCCUCGGCGAAGAGAUGACGAUCUUUGGUCUAAUUCGUGGCCCUACGCUGAGGGACGCUGAACGGAAGCUGGGCGCCCCACUCUGAGGACUCACUCGUCUUCUUUACUGACAUCACUUUGGAAGUGACUGAAGAGAACGAUGUAGGUAAAACGUCCGUUUGCCACUUUUGAAUAUAGGCUGCAGUGUUUGGCCUUUGGUUGCAGAGUGAGAAGAAGUAGCAAAGGACUUGUACAAUAAGGUUAAGAACAUUUCUUGCAUCAUGAAUAUUCUAUUCAGCUGUUAUUGAUUUCGUCACGUGAUAUUUUAUUACUGUACAUACCGUAAACUUUAGGGGAGAGGUGUCUUGCAAAAAACUUAAUGAGACUAUCAUGUCUUUACAAAAACAUGUUUAUGGAGCUGUUUUCUCCUUGAACUUAAGGAGCCGGAUCAACGCACAUUGUGUUCUUCAUAGAAAUUCCUUUUUCCGUUCAUAUCUUGAACUUUAGUAGCAAAGGACACGGAUUGCCGAACAGGGAAUCUUAUAGUUGCUUUUUUUGGGGGGAACUAGGGAUUAUAAUUGGUCAUUUAAAAAAAAUAAAAAAUAAGAUGGGAAGAAUGGCAGUGAGCUUUUGUAGAAUUGAGAAGUCUGCAUGUCCGUUUUUGCAUGUUUCAUUGACUAUAGAAUGCCAAACACGGAUUAAUCUAAAUCUAGUCAUGUAUUUACUCGAAUAUAUACAGUACCUUUAAUAAUACUAUUUCGCGGUAACCAUGUGUUUGUUACAUUUAUUUUGUUAAACAUUUUAGAAGCGUCAAAAUGUGAUAUUAUCUUUAUAAAGGGAGAAUACUUGUACGGCUACAUAUUUUAUUGGCUCUUUUAGAUUGCACUGGUGUACCUAAUUUUGUGACCAGUGAUUGUAUUUUUCUUGUAAAAGACAAAUUUGACAUUGAUUUGAUAUUUAAACGUGAAAUGCGGUCACAUUUCACAGUGAAAAAAAAAAGUUUUAGAGAUAAAAGUAAAACAGGACAAUUUUUUCAUUAAAGAUGUAUUUCCCCAAUGCUGACAAGAAUAAACUACCUCUCAUGGUUCACACAUCCAGACUGAAUAAUGAUGGAUUUUGGUGUCCUGUAGCUUCAAGAAGAUGGGAGAUACUAGUCGAAGCUGACUUUAUACAAGAUAUUAAAAUAACUUGGCAAACGUAAGGCUACAAGGAGAAAAUGAAGAGUAGGAAGUGAAUAGCUUUAUUGUAGUUGCACGUCCGCCGUUGUCGCUGUGAUCCUCCAUCUUAGGUUUGUCUUUGCGACACAAUGUUGCUUGCAUACAUUAGUGAUCUGCCUCUCUGUUUUGUGUUUUAACGUGGGUGAAUGUACCCUCUUGUUCAAUGUAUUGUAUUUUGUUUACAGAAUAAAUAGGGGGACAAAACAAAACCA